AUUUCAAUAACACGUGUUUUUCAUUUUCAUUCUUAUCAGUUAUUUUGAAAACAGAAAAACUCAAAAAAGUCGAAUAUUGCAAAUGCAAAUUUGAAAUUGCUACAGUGAUUUUCUUUUCUAAAAAGGUUCAAUUGUCUCGUUGAUGUAUGAACAUUAAUUUUAAUUAAAUUAUGAGCGCCCUCAAAUUCCAUUCAAUAUCAUCAUCGGAAGAAGAUGAUGAAGAAGAUUAUAAAGGAAUUGAAAUAACAGAGGAAAAAUCUGUGAGCGGAGCUGCAAAACCGGAGACAUUGAAGGAUAUUUUAUCCAAAGUGAAAGGUGUGAAAUACGACUUCGGUGAAGUUGUUCGGUCUUCUUUAAAUCCAAUUCUGUAUUCUAAUGAACUCACUGAGGAUGACGAAAUUUGGAUAGUACAAGCUCCAACAGAGAUGAAUGUAGAAGCAUUCAAAGCCGCCGACUUCAAAUUAGAUGACGGUACUGUUAGUCAUACAACAUUGAAAGCUCGUAAGAAAGAGAGACGUUACAAUGUCCACACAAUUAAAUCUACGGAUGAAAAAAUGAACCUCGUGUUACCUGAAAGAGAAACGCAGUCUUUUCAUAUGUCUUUACAUCCAAUAAUGGGUAGAAUUAUCUUACAAGAAGAUUUUCAAGCCAACAACAAUGAUAAAAGUUUAAACGAAACUUUAACAAAUUCUUCUAUGAAUAUUGUCGACAUCAAAACAGCAGACGCUAAUGAAUUCAUCCCCUUGAAAAAGAAGAAGAAGAAAAGUAUAAAACAGGAUAUUAUAUCAAGUUGAUCCUGUGUAAUGGUCUUCGCCGAAGAAUUUUGAAAUAUUGAUGCCACAAAUAGACAACGAUAGGGAUCGUCUUUGUGUUUUAUCUCUUUCUUCUAAUUUGAAGUAUUGUAACCUCUAAUUUAAUGUGGAUAAAAAAUCAAACCAGGUAACUUGAAAUAGCGAAAAAGGUUGUUUUUUAAAUUAAUGUACGAUACUAUACCUCUUACAUUGGAAUCUUUUGAUGGAAAAUGAAUGUUCUUGUUGUUACCUAUUUGUUGAUUUUACGAAAAACAUGAUCUAUUUUAAAUUAAUACAAUACAUUUUAUGUUCUUAA